AUGUGCGGCAUCUUCGGCGUCGUCGCCCUGACGGGCGACCCGCUCGCGAACCGCAAGAGGGUGUACAACCUCGCGAAGCGCUUGCGUCACCGCGGACCUGACUCGUACGGCAUGGACAUCGCGAUGGGCGUCCCCGGCGCCCCCGCGGAUGCGCAGACGUACCUCGUGCACAAGCGGCUCUCCAUCGUCGCGCCCGGUCCGGACGGCGACCAGCCUCUGUUUACGGCCGCGGACAAGAAGAUCGCGUUCAUCGCGAACGGGGAGAUCUACAACCACGCGGAGCUGCGCGAGAAGUACGGCAUCGUCUCCGCGAACAAGUCGGACUGCCAGGUGAUCGGACACCUGUACGAGAAGAUGGGGCCGGAGUUUGUUCGAGAGCUCGACGGGAUGUUCGCGUACGUCAUCGAGGACAGGCACACCGGACGCGUCGUCGCGGGGAGGGAUCACAUGGGGAAGAUCCCGUGCUACAUCGCGUACGGCAAGGACGGCUCGGUGUGGUUUUCGAGCGAGAUGAAGACGCUCGUGGACGACCCCGGGAUCGAAAAGUACGAAAUUUUCCCCCCCGGGCACUACUACGUCCGCGAGCCCGGCGAGAGGGAGGGCAAGAUGACGCGGUGGUACGACCCCCAAUGGGUCACGGACCCGGAGUACAUCCCCACGCGCGACGCGGACUUGACCGAGCUCAGAGAGACGGUCGUGGACGCGGUCAAGAAGCGUCUCAUGGCGGACGUCCCGUACGCCGUUUUGCUCUCCGGCGGCUUGGACUCGUCACUCAUCACCUCCAUCGCCGUCCGACACAAGAAGGAAGCCACCAACACGUUCGGCAGCGACGAGCCCGUGCACUCGUUCAGCAUCGGCAUCAAGGGCGCGCCGGACCUCGUCGCCGCGCGCGCGGUCGCGGAGCAGCUCGGCACGGUGCAUCACGAGGUGCACUUCACGCCGGAGGAGGCGCUCGACGCGCUCCCGGACAUCGUCUAUCAUCUCGAGACGUUCGAGCAGGUUCGCGCGUCCGUGCCGAUGUAUCUGCUGUGCCGGCACAUCAAGUCGCUCGGGUUUAAGAUGGUCCUCAGCGGCGAAGGCGCGGACGAGCUGUUCGGGGGGUACCUGUACUUUCACAAGGCGCCCGACGCGGCGGAGUUUCACCGAGAGUGCGUUCGGAAGACGACGCGGCUGCAUCAGUGGGACGUCCUGCGCGCGAACAAGUCCACGAUGGCGUGGGGCAUCGAGGUCCGCACGCCUCUGCUGUCGCAGCAAGUGUGCGACUACGCGAUGAACACGAACCCGGAGCAGAAAGUCAUCGACAUGAGCGCGAAGGACGAAGAAGGUAACCCGCGCAUGGAGAAGUAUUUGCUGCGCAAGGCGUUCGACACGCCCGACGCGCCGUACCUUCCCAAGAGCGUCCUGUGGCGCCAGAAGGAGCAGUUCAGCGACGGCGUCGGGUAUGACUGGGUGGACGGCUUGGCGAAGUACGCGGACGCGGUCGUGUCCGACGAAGAUUUCGCGAACGCGGCGACGCGGUUCCCCCUGAGCCCGCCGCUCUCGAAGGAGUACUACCUCCUACGAUCGAUCUUCGAGGAGCACUUCGUGACGGGCAUGGAGAACGGGCGGUACGCAUACGCGACGUGCCCGUUCGGGAAAUCCAUCGCGUGCAGCACCCCGGAGGCGGUCUCGUGGGACCCGGAGUGGGAGAAGUCCGUCGGGGACAUCUCCGGACGCGCGGUGAAGAACGUCCACGUCGCCGCGGACGCUUUCAACGUCGCCGCGGAUGGCGGCGGCGGCGCGGCGAAAGCUGAAAAAAGCGCCGCGGGUAAGAGCGCCGCAAGCAAGGCGUCCGCGGCGAAGGCGGUCGUCGGCGUGAGCGCGGCCGCGGCGAGGAGCGGCGCGUCCGUGAGGGUGAGGGCCGCGGCGAUCGGCGCGGGGAGAACGCGGGCGGUGGGCGGCGGGCGGAGGAGCGACGCCGUCUUGCGGAGAGGGAGGGCUUUCGUCGGGCUUCGCGCCGUUGGCGCGUUCGUCGCGUGA